ACUCGCGCCGGGUACCAGAGACGUCAAGUGAAAAUUGUAAACAAAAGGUCAACAACACGCAAGGACGUUUUCUUUUCUCUUUUUAAAGGGUUAAAAAGGUCUUGUCAUUAAAAGAUAAAACAAGGAACGUGAUAAAUAAUGUUAUCUUCAGGAAGAUUUUGUUUGAAUAUGGGAAGAAAUUCACUUUUUCCAAGGAGAUUUUGCUAUAAAACUAUUAAGAGACCUCAGUUUAAGGACUCUCCGCAGCAAAAGAAGCCUCAACGUGAAUUCCCAAAGCAGGAUGUGCCCCUGGCUAAACAAAUAUCUGCUCGAAUUCAAGCCACGGGGCCAAUAACUGUGGCGAGUUACAUGAAGGAGAUUCUUACGAAUCCUUCUGGGGGAUACUACAUGUCUAAGGAUGUUUUUGGUAGGGAAGGAGACUUUAUAACUUCCCCAGAAGUUGGACAAAUAUUCGGUGAGAUGGUUGCAAUUUGGAUAUUGACAGAAUGGCGCAAAAUCGGUUCACCGAAGCCUCUUCAGUUAGUCGAAUUGGGUCCUGGUCGAGGUACCUUGGCACAGGACAUUCUUCGAGUUCUUACACAGCUUGGACUCUCCUCGCCAGAUCUGUCAGUGCAUCUGGUGGAGAUUAGUCCUUUCAUGUGUCAAGCCCAAGCCAAUCGACUCUGUUUCACUCACGACGAAGUCACAGAUCCUCAGUCCAAGCAUCAUUACGCCGGAGAAACUCUGUCAGGAGUUAAAAUAUUCUGGUACAGAAGCCUUGAGGAUGUUCCUAGGAACUUUUCAAUCUUCUACGCUCAUGAGUUCUUCGACGCUCUCCCAGUUCAUAAACUGGAGCGGAAGGAUGGUAUCUGGAAAGAAGUUCUUGUGGAUUUGGAUCCUGGAAAAGAUGAUACCUUCAGAUUUGUCAUGUCCAGGGCUGAAACUCCAGCUUCUAAAGUCUUUUCUCAGCUCUCAGGGCAAUUCGCUGACCAGAGAGAUCACAUUGAAUUCUCCCUGGAUGCAUUAAAUGUGAUAAAUCAGAUGGCAGACCGACUGGAAGAGAAUGGAGGAUUCAGCCUGAUCAUGGACUACGGGCACAAUGGAGAUAAAUCAGAUACUUUCAGAGCAUUCAGGCAGCAUCAACUUCACAAUCCUCUAGAGAAUCCUGGACAAGCCGAUCUCACUGCAGAUGUGGACUUCAAACAGCUGAAAUUUGCAGCUGAAAAAGGUCAGAAAGUCAUCACAUUCGGUCCUAUUUAUCAAUCAGACUUCCUGCAGCGACUUGGAAGCGAUGUCCGACUAAAGGUGCUCCUGGAGAAUGCCAAAGGUGACCAAAAGACAGAUCUAGAAACAGGAUACAACCUCCUAACUCACUCAGAUAAAAUGGGGCAUCGCUUUAAGUUUUUUGCCAUAUUUCCCACAGUCCUGGAGAGUAUCCUUCAGAAAUUUCCACUGUCGGGAUUCACUCAAUGACGACAAUUUAGUAUGUGAACAAUAAAUAAUACUUUAAUAUUUAA